CAGAAUGUCCCCCCAUGUCUUCUAGACUUUCUCAGAACAUUAGAUCCCAUGGACUUGUCCCAGGAUCUGUUCACAUCUCAAGGCAUCAGUGCAGUCUACACCAUUGAAAGCAAAUGGCUUCUCCUGUUGGGGAGUUCUGACAGAGCCCUUGUUGAUGCAGAAAGUAAGAUGAAGACUGCUUUGGCUCAUCAGAUUGUAGAAGUGGAAGACCAAAGAGUUCUAAAACUUCCCACCUGGGGCCACCUGAAGCAAAAGCUGCUGGAUACCUACAACCUAUCCAAGAAAAAAACGGUUGCCAUUGAGAUGCAUCCAGAAAGAAGAAACAAAAUAACAGUGGCGGGUUUUGUGAAUCCAGUGAAAGAGGUCAGCCAGAGUCUGAAGGAGUUUAUUGCAAGCAAUUCACAAGUCCAAGAAAUCCUUCAUGUUGAAUCCUGUGCUGUUGUUUCGUUCAUUAAAAGGAAAAAAUCAAAGGAGUGUUCCAGUAUUGUUAAAGAUAAUCAUGUAUCAGUAAGGUUUUAUGUACAGAAGCAGGGCAUCAGCAUCCUUGGUGCUCGUCUUCAUGUCCAGAAAGCCAAAUCCUGCUUUAGGGAACUGGCCAGUGCUCUCUUCACUGACACCUUAACUGUGGACAAGCCAGGAGCAAAGAAAUACUUCCAAAACCAAGGAAGCAUUUUCCUGUCUACAUUAAUGAAUGACUUAAGAUGUGCGGUCUUCCUUCGUCCAGAGAUUGAUGAAGAAGAAGAAGAAGCAGAGAAUUAUGAAGAAGAAACUAAGCUUUGUUAUUGUAAAGUGCAGACCAACAGUGGAGUACUGAUUUCUGUCAGUAAGGUGGACAUCUGCAGCUUUGGUGUGGACGCUGUGGUCAAUGCAGCUAAUGAGGACUUAGACCACAUUGGUGGCCUGGCUUUGGCACUGCUAAAGGCUGCAGGACCACAGCUGCAGAGAGAAAGCAGCGACUACGUCGCUAAAAAUGGACGUCUACGUCCUGGUGACGCCAUCAUAACAGAUGCAUAUAACCUGCCUUGCAAACAUGUUGUCCAUGCAGUUGGUCCACGAUUCUCUGACUUUGACAGGAAGACAGCAGUGUCACGCCUGAAGACUGCAGUUAGAGAAAGUCUGACACAAGCAGAGAUGGUCAACUGCUCCAGCAUUGCACUGCCAGCGAUCAGCUCGGGCAUCUUUGGUUUCCCUGUUGACCUCUGUGCUGAGACCAUAGCCCAGGCAGUUCGGGAGUACUGUGACAGCCCACAAGGUCUGAGAUCAUUAACUGAGAUUCACCUGGUGGACAACAACGAUACGACCGUCAGAGUAAUGGCCACAGCUGUGAGCAAGGAGUUCUCUGACCUCGGACCUACCAUGACCAUCCCACAG